UAUGUGUGCAGCCUGCUCGAUUUAAGUCUGUGAGAGAUACAGAACCAGCCAAGACUAGUCACCAAUAAUACAGACAUCAACCCUCCCUCCUGCAAUGCCUCCCAGGCAUUUUACAUUGGUGGUUCUGCUAUGCGGUUUCCUGGCGCUGUCUUUGGAUGUAGUGGCCCUUGUAAGCCCGGCCUGGGUGACCUCCAAACAUUUUUCUCUAUCUCUUUGGGAAAUAUGCAACCAACAAUAUGAUGCAUGGCACUGCAGAUCUGUUUGGCACAGUGACUGGCAAAUGGCUUCCCUGGUCCUGGUGUUUUGCGCUGCACUUAUUUGCGGUGUUUGGUUUAUAGUUUGUGUACUAUGGAUAUGCAAAGUCAAACAGCCUUUGAGAUUUCGCAAUAUGUCACUCCUACUCCUUGCAUCAGUUCUAUUGCAGAUCAGCGCUCUUCUACUAUUUUCACUAAAGUUUCUGGCAGGAAAGUAUCUCCCUCCUUCUUCCCAGUUCAGCUGGGGCUAUGGGCUUGCCUGGGGAUCCUGCAUUUUCAUGCUUGGAGGAGUAGUGUUAAGUUGUUUGAGAACCGAUCUUAUAAAGGAGUAACCACUUUCUUGUGCUUUACUUGAAUAAUUAUAUUGCUGAUGUGGACAUUUAUGAAGAUAUAAUAAUAAGCAGUGUUCAGCUCUAUGAGGGAAUGUAUGCAUUAACAAAGAUUUGAUGAAGUAAAAGAGAUUAACAUUAUUUGUUGUGAAUAAUAAACAAUU